UGAAGUCAUGGAACGUCACUCUGCUUACUAUGUGCUCAGCGAUGCGCACAGCGUUCAGCGACCGCUCCGAUGUCUUACUCUUCGCAUACGCUUUAAAGCUCAAACGGCGAUUUGUGACUGAACGAGGGGAGAAAUAGGCCCGGAGUUUCUUUUGGAACGCCCGAGUAACUAUAAAACUGUUUUUUUUCGCGGAACACCGUCAGUCGUUGUGUUGAGCCAAUCUUUCAAUUUGAUUUUCGGAUAUUGUAGGCGUCAGUUACCCUCUCCAGAUUUCCAUCGACCAUCAACAGAUAAUCUACUAAAAUUAAACUCUACUCAAUUUCAUUAAGGUCAAGACACUGACGAGUUGGUCUGUAAACAGCGAAGAUGAAGACAUCGUUUACCGUCUGGAUUAGUUUGUCACUCUUCUUUACAAUCACUGGCACCACACAAGCCUCGAUGGCGAACCCAGUACCUACUACAGAGAUCACAGUCACCCUUAAGCUUGAAUGGAAUGUCACCGUCAUUGAUAAACCGAUUCCAGAGAAUUAUACUACAAAGGUUCCCAAAGGAACUCUUCUGAUUGACAUCAUGAACAAAGCUGCUGACAGCGAGAAACAAGGCCCUUUUAACGAAUACAAAAGCACGUACUACAGCGUCAUGGGUUAUUUCAUCACCACCAUAAAUGGCAUAGAAAACGACCCUAGCACAAAUUCCUACUGGACGAUUUAUGAUGAGCAAACUGGAGCGCCACUUGAAUGUGGAGUGAGCUCUUACGUGCCAUAUGACGACUCCGCAACUGUCUUCAAUUUCGCUCAAUUUCCAAGUUACUCAAGUCAUGAUAAUAAUGGGAAUGUUAGUGGAAUGUGCAAAAUCCAUUCCAAUACUCCGGUUCCACCCUCUGCGAUCACAGUUACCAUUGCAAUGGAGUGGAAUCCGGACGUCAUCAUGAAGCCCAUCCCUCCUCCCUACACCACCAAAGUCGCCAGCGGCACUACACUUACAGAAAUCAUAAACAAAGCUGCAGAUGAAAAUCCCGAGGGCCCUUUUAAUAAGUAUUCAUCCACAUAUUACGGCGGACAGGGACAUUUUGUAACUGCCAUGAACGGUACUCAAGAGGAUACUAUUAAGGACUGGUUCUGGAGCAUUUACGACGAAGCAACUGGAAAAAACUGGCCACCCUUUGUAGAUCAGUACAAACCUCAGAACGGCUCAACUACGAUCCUGAAGUUUAGCACAAGCUCUGAAUCUAAGUCUAACGCCAGCGGGACACUUGUGGGGAUGGGGUUGGUAGUCCUGAGCAUCUCAGCCAUUGUGGAAGGCUUGCUGUUUUUGUAACUCAAAGUUGAACAAAGUAACCCUCAAUUACGCGAUAGAUGCAGUCAGUAAAGGAACUUUAAGUAAUUUCGCAGAAGUAUUUCAGUAGUACGCUAUCAUUACAGAAUAACACCAGAUUUCGAGGUGUAAAGAAUAGUAAGCGUUAACGUUCGACAUUCAGCUUUUUUCAUUGUUU